AUGUCGAAAUCUUGUCACAUUAACCACCUUAGUGCAUUUACUACUAAAUUAAAGAACGUGGAACGUAUUCAUAAUUCGGAGAAAUUUUAUCGUUAUUCCUCGGAGACAAGCAGCUAUCUACAUCGUCUGUCAAAUAUUCGACCGCUGUUACAACUAUUAAUAAUUACUUCCAUCGUCAUUGAGAAAGUACUUCAAUCACAUAAGCUCGAUAUUUCAAGUUGUUUGUACGACCAUGAGCAGUCAAGAAUCUGUUAUAAACAUUCUAACCAUUUACAGACGACAAAGACAAAUAGUAUGAAACAAACAUAUUGA